AUGACGUUAAAGCAAGCUUUAAAAAUACUACUCUUGCUUAUUGUGGUAUCUGCUGUAAGUCUACUAACUGUGUUUAGGGAACUGCAGCGUCGCGAUAUAUUCAAUGUUGAUAAUAUGGUUUUAUAUGAACGCGCCUUGAGGGAAUUCAGAAGAGAGCAUGGCGGAAUGAACCAGUAUACAGAUCCGCUUUCAACCUGGAAACUUGUCGGUUUAGCGGGCCGUAACCUCUCAGUAGAAGAUAAACUUUCAGCAGUGAAAAAUACUGUAUUUCCACCAGGUAGGAAUGGAACUGCUGUAGUAUUUGAAGAUGAUAUAAAGGGGCCCAUUAAAGCGCUUAUAAAGAAAGGGUGGCGUAACCACUGUUUCAAUGAAUUCGUCAGUGAUCUUAUACCCCUUGAUCGUACUCUCCCAGAUUAUAGGGAUGAAUGGUGUAAACAAAGGAAUUAUUCCAAGAACUUACCUGAGGUUUCCGUAGUAAUUUGUUUUUAUAACGAGGCGUGGUCGGUGCUUCUGCGAACCGUUGAAUCGGUCCUCAACAGGUCACCGCCCAAUCUAUUGAAAGAAAUUAUUCUUGUUGAUGAUUUUUCAUCUAUGAGCCACUUAAACGAUGAUCUAGAAAACUAUGUAAGGACUAAAACGAAAGUUGUAUUAAUUCGAGCGAUUCAUAGAAAAGGUUUGAUAAGAGCCAGAAUUAUGGGGGCCAAAUACGCAUCUGGGACCGUGUUGGUUUUUCUGGACAGUCAUUGUGAAUGCACUAAAGGCUGGCUAGAACCGUUAUUAGAACAGAUAAAGAAGGAUCCCAAAACCGUUGUCAGCCCACUUGUUGAUCAUAUAGAUGUAUCCACAUUUCAAUACAUACCACAAACAACGGAAAACCUUCAAAUAGGAGGCUUCGAAUGGGACCUCAAAUUCAUUUGGCGGCCAAUACCAAAGUAUAUUCUAGAAACUCGUGCCGAGAAAGCGGCACCAGUAAAGACGCCUACAAUAUCUGGAGGCCUUUUUGCGAUACACAAGCAGUUUUUUAGACAUUUGGGCUAUUACGAUUCUAAUUUCGAUAUAUGGGGAGGGGAGAAUUUAGAGCUGUCUUUCAAAACGUGGAUGUGCGGUGGAUCUCUGGAGAUAGUACCAUGUUCGCAUGUAGGCCAUGUUUUCAGAAGAACAUUUCCCUACAAGAAUGUGAAGAAAUCGUUGAUGAAAAAUUCUCUGCGAUUGGCUGAGGUGUGGCUAGAUGAUUAUGCAAAAUACUAUUAUCAAAGGAUCGGGGAUAUAAGAGAGCAUUUCGGUGAUGUAACAAAGCGAAGGAAAUUGCGAGAAAAAUUGAAAUGUAAAUCUUUUGAAUGGUACUUGCAUAAUGUAUACCCAGACAUGAAAUUACCUGAUGAAAAUGUGGCUUACGGUCAGAUUUACAAUAUGGGAGAAUUUCCUGCGUGUCUUGACGUUAUAUCAUCGACACUGAAUAUUCAAGGAGCGGUGAGUGUACAUCCGUGUCACUUUGAAGGAGGAAACCAAUUCUGGGUUUAUACAAAAUAUGGGAGAAUAGAACACGACAAUAUGUGCUUAGACUAUAUGCUUGGAUUCGUCACUAUGGUUCUGUGUGAUGAGAAAGUACCCUCCCAAGUAUGGUUAUAUGAUCCUAAGAUUAAAUCUAUCAAAAACAACCAAAUGAAGCGGUGCCUUACUAUAAUUGCUGCUGGUCGAAAUCAUUUAAAUUUAGAGCUCAAGAGAUGUGCCAAUUUGACAAAUCAAGAAUGGAUCAUGGAAAAUUAUGUGGAUCAAAGACUUUUGCCUGAAUUACGAACGAAUUUAAUAAACAAGCCUUCUAUUUAG